UUUGUUAUGAACACUCAUAGCACGAUGAAUACAUCAGGUGUGGUUCAGGCGCAAAUUCUUCCCAACAACAUUAACACGGUGCCUAAGGUGUACCCAUCAUGGUUUGUUACAAGCACUUCACACUCCAAGACAAAACAGCCUCGCAUUGAGUUGAUACUAGAUCAAGCGUUGAAAAAUGACAGAAGUUUUGUUGUGUGGUCCAGUAUGCCCUUUGACUCUCAACCCGACAUUAGGUAGAACUCAAACUCGACCCUUAGCAAUCACAGCGAGGCCAGCAUGUCAUCUCACCUUCUUGACCCUCAGCAAAUAUUAUUAGCCAACAAUACAAACAUCGUUAAAGUAAAUGUCGAUGGAAAUCGGCGGCAACCCCUUCUUUAACAAAUACUACAACUCGCUCAAGAAAUUAAGUACGCAGACGUAUUGCAGCAGCCUAGCACACCACAUCUUCUCCAAUGUUGGCUACAUCAACACUUCGAACAGCAGAGCCUUGAAGAGCACCAUCAUCGAUAUUGAUUUGGCGCGGCAACAGCACCAGUCCAGCCCGCAUGAGCCUCAGUCAAGGACGAACCUUCCCCUCCACCUGACCCUAGAAGCCUCGGUCCACGACGACCCUUCCACUCGACCUGACCCUAGCGCCUCCACCUUGACUUACAGCCUCAAAAGGUCAGCUUUGUUGAACGAUUCCAUUCUUUUGCAGGAAAUUCUGAGCACGUUGAGUUCUCGUGCACUGUUCUCAACAACUGCAAUGUCCUUGUUGAGUGAACCACACUCGAGCCUGAGUUAG